AAGAAUUCUACUUUCUCUAAGGCUCUAGAGAAAGGUCCUUGAGUGAGAAAAGGAUCACUUUUACCUGGCAAGAAUCAGAAAUGGCUUCAGGGGAUGCAGGAAGCUCUUGUGAGCUGCCAAUCACUGAUUGAGUUCUGCCUCCAACAGCCUUGGGGAUGAAGGCUGCUGGCAUCUUGUCCCUGAUUGGCUGUCUGGUCACAGUCACAGACUCCAAAAUCUACACUCGCUGCAAACUGGCAAAAGUAUUUGCCAGGGCCGGUCUGGACAAUUACCAGGGCUUUAGCCUGGGAAACUGGAUCUGCAUGGCAUACUAUGAGAGCCGCUACAACACCACAGCUCAGACUGGCCUGGAUGAUGGCAGCAUUGACUAUGGCAUUUUUCAGAUAAAUAGUUUCACGUGGUGCAGAGAUGCAAAGCUGCAGGAGAAGAACCACUGUCAUGUUGCCUGCUCAGCCUUAAUCACUGAUGAUCUCACAGAUGCAAUUAUCUGUGCCAAGAAAAUUGCUAAAGAGACUCAAGGGAUGGACUAUUGGCAAGGCUGGAAGAAACACUGUGAGGGCAGAGAACUAUCUGAGUGGAAAAAAGGAUGUGAAGUUUCCUGAACCAGAACUGGACCAAGGAUGCUUUGCACACACUCCCCGGGAUGUGUAAUGAAUGUCAAACUUCUCCUGUUAUCUUGUCUCUUUUCCUCCCCAGAUUCCUUCUCAAAGUUGGAGAGGGAAAACUAAGCUCUAUUUUAAGAAAAUAAAUAUUUCCAUUUAAAUGUCUUCACUUCA